UAGGUGAACAAUCAUUCAUUGCAUUCCAUAAGCGAGCUGGUUAGUUGGUUGGUGGUAGUGUUGUUGGCUAUGGAGAAGAAGUCGAUUUGUACGAGAAAUUAAAAGGAAACAUGUGUAAACUUUGAUUCGAAUGGAAAUAAGAAUUUCCAAAAACAAAAUCGCACACAAUUGUUAAAAAGAAGAAAUCAAGUGUUAAAUUAUUUUUGAAUUAAAGGAAUUUAAAAGGGCCAUACUUUGAAAGGACUUCAGCUAAAAUCACUUGACAUUUAUCAACUGGUUUGUCAGCAUAAUGGAAUUUGGAUACUUAGUAUAUUUGGAGGGGGGAAAAGUAAAGCUACAGUACUGUUGAGUUCAAUGAAGUUUGAACAUCGGUCGGUCGAACCCACCUUACGACUUUUUAUACUACAACUAAUGUCCGAUACCCGAAGUAAUUUUAUAUGUGGAUUAGCAGCUCUAAAUAUGAACUUUAUAACAUCGCUUUUGGUGGCUAUAUCCACAUUAUUUAUAUUUCUAGUACAAUAUGACAUAACCUAUGAGGCCUUAACGAAGACUCACAAUUCCGGAAGACCAAAUAAUACCUAAUUUUACCGCCGUUGAAUAACAUAACACUUUAAAAUUUAAAUGCAGCCUAUUAUAUGCACCGGAACACAUUGGAACAACUUAUAUAUCAUGUAUACUAUCAUAUCCAAUACAAUUUAUAUAUUGGAACUGAACCUAUGUCAUAAAUUAAAACAAAAAUUGAUAUAAUCACGUUUGGA